CGGUACUUACGAAGAAGUGCAAUACUAACGUUAGCUAGAACUAAUGCCCCUUUAAGGUGCGUACACACUGCCAGCGACAUUCAUUUUCAAUGCGAGCACAGCGACUUCCGGCGACACGAGCUGUCGCGACCGUUGGCGCUAGAUGUGGGCGUGUCCAGCGAUGCGACAAAGUUGAGGAAAGUUCAACUUUGGAGCGACUAACGGCAGCGACAGCCAAUAGGAGAGAAGACGGGAGAGCUCACGUGAUCCUUCUCUCUCUCUCAGCUCCUGCAGUAACGGAAAGAUGGAUGAAAGGCUAAUUCUUGCUGUUAGAAAUUUUCCAGUGCUCUAUGAUAUGUCUCUUCCCACGUACAAGGACAUUUUUAAGAAAAAUACUGCGUAGAAAGGUGUAUCUGAGAUCGCGGGGAUUUUACGUACCCAGACAGACCGGCAUUUGUAUUUUCGCCGCAGAUAAACAGGCGCUAAGGCAAAGAGCAGGCCUUGUUUCUCAUUCAUCUUUGAUAUAAAGCAUUUUAUGUACUGAUUCCAUUUAUAUUUAGUCUUUUCCCUCCAAAAUGUUUGUUUUUAGUGGCAAGAAAAGAGAUUCGCUGUCAACAGCAAUGGAAUGACAUCCGUGAAUGUCAUUUAUAAACGUUACUAGGCAACCAGUAGUGGGAACACCCACUAGCGACUUCACCGCCAGCCACUAGCGACCUGCAGCGACAAAGUCGCUGGCAGUGUGUACACUGUAGUGUGUGUUGUAGCAUUCACAGACGAAGCAUGCGUGAGCUGACCGACAUCGCUGGAGUCAAAUGAGACCGUAAACUUCAGCGGUGGACCGACUCCACUCAUUACACUUUUUGUUGUCAGGAGAUGAUGUAUGCUGGAAGGAAAAUCUCAUGAUGCAGAUUCUGAGUAUGAAGUCAAUGAAGAUGAUGGAGAUGAUGAUGAUGAUGAUGAUGAUGUCCCUCUUAUAUUCAGUUCUUGCAGAUCAAAGUUUAGUGUGUCAUAAUGACUUCUGCAACACCUUCUUAUGCUUUUGGAACACCUCAAAACUAGUGACGAAUCCACCUGUCAGAACAGACUCAAACUGCUCCCUGCAUGUCACGGUUACGAAAAAUUCGUCAGAUGUGAAACGUGCAAAACUGUCUCCUGACAGCGCAGAGCCAAACAUACGCAGUGCCACCAUUGUGUUUAAGAACGGAUCAUGUAAAAUAAUUCCAGAAGCGUGGAUUGCUCAAGACGUCAGAUGUGAAAACUUUGAGAAUCCUGUGGCUACAAUAAUGCAACAUAAAGCAAUUGGUAGUGAAGUGAAAAUGUCUCCCCCUCAAAUGGUGGAAGUUGACGGGCUCAAUGUUUCUUGGAGAUUCGGUUCCCCAAAUUCGAGAUACCCCACAUAUAAGUUUGACCUUCAGUUUAAAUCUGCAGCUCAGAGCUGGACGGAUGUGAAGAUGAUCUCAGAACUCACAGACAUGCAAGUGGAGCUGCCAGAAGAGUAUGUGAUCUUACGUGAAAAGUAUAUGGUCAGAGUGAGAGUCAAACCUUUACUGUCCAAUGCCACCUGGAGCGAGUGGAGUAAAGAAUACAGCUGGACUUCAAAAGUGGGCAGGAGACCCAUCACGCCUGGUGUAGGUGAGGUUGUGGGUCUAGACUGUUCUUCAUCUAUAAUAGGAAUAACUCUUACCGUAAUCACUCUGGCUACCAUCUCAAUCUUUACCAUACUCUUCAAAUACUACAAAAUCACAUGGUUCGAGAAAAUCCAGUCCUCAUAUAUACCUGAUCCCUCCAAAUACUUUGGUGAUUUGAACUCCCACCACAAAGGAAAUUUUAAGUCUUGGCUCGGAUUAGUUUUUGCUCUUGAGGUGGACUCUGAGUGCGUCAGUCCUGUUGAGGUCGUCAAACUGCAGGAUUGCGACUGUUCCCGGCUCACUGAAAGAAACAGCAGCAGUAUGCAGGAUAGGUGGGAAGGCACUGCCAAAUCCUCCAACUUCUCAAACUCCACCUACUUCCUGUCUCAGAGCUCCACCGGGCCCUGCAACACGCUGGAACCCUGCUCGUCGCACUGCUCAUAUGGGCCUGCAGAGGGAGACGGCGCUCUAGAGACUGUUUUGCAGUGCUGCACUGAGCUCACUCACAGCGCUGAAGAGAAGGACAGAGCACAUCAGCUGGAAUCUGAUUUGAAGAAAAUCAAGCAUCUCCGUCAGGAUACACAGAGUCCUGAUUCAGGCUUCGCCACUGGAGCUGAAGACAGCCUGGAAGAAACAGAUCUCCCGAGCCCUCUGCUCCCUCACCUGCCACUGGACCUGCACGUUCCUCACCUCAACAGACUCCUGCUCUCAGGCUGGGAGCGAACUCCUCUUAUGCUGGGAGCAAACCGUCUGAUUCCCACCAUUGAAUUAGACCUGGACCUGCACUGCUCAUGUGGGCUGAUAGAGCCCUCUAGUGGCGAUUAUAUGCCAGUGAAACAUUUGCAAAAUUAAUUUUAUUCAGUAGGCAACACAGGCAACGUUCAAGCAGCAGCAGAAUACAGUGUCAGUUAUGUUUGGUGUGUUAAAUAUGCUUCUGUUCACACACAGUUCAAUUGUAAAAAUCAUAUGACGUGAGUCCAGAAUUCUACCACAUAGUUUACCAUGAAUCAGACCAUGGAAAAACCUUCAAAAGACUAGCUGUUCAGAAAAUUCUUG